GCAGGAGUCCAACCUGCGCUGUCCACGGUACGCUAGCGUGAUGUCGGCAUGUCGCUCGCUGCUGCUCACCUGUCUACUACUCGCCACCACCAUCCGAGGCCACAGCUGGAGACCCUGCACAGACCUGCUGCCUCUGGACCUGCUGACCAGAGCUCUGCCAGGACAAGCUCUGCACACACAGGUGCAGAUGGUUCAGUCCAGAGGAUCCAGAGGUCUACGAUUGGCUGGUGCCGAGACGACAUCACUAAGUUUUCCCGCCUCCCAAAUCUUCACCAACUGUGACUACUUCCCCUCCGAGUUCUCAUUGGUCACCACCAUCAAGAUACCACACCUGAGACAGAAGACAAAUGAGUACAUCUUCUCUGUGGUGAAGGAGGGAUCUGAUUCGCUGUUGCUAGGGUUACGUAUGUCCAAGAACCGCCUCCACUUGUUGAACACGCUCCCUGGUGUUGGUGGGCGGAGCCGGCAGAGUUUUAAGGAUGUUGUAUUGGAUGACAACUGCUGGCACACCGUGGUUCUGGCAGUCAGCGGCCCGUAUGCCACGCUGACCGUCGACUGUGGACUUUCUCUGGAGCUUCAACAGGCCCAGUCCUUCCCCAGCGCUCUGAGCACCAGAGGGUCCAGGUUCUUUGUGGGCAGUCGGGGAAGGCGGAGGGGCCGUUUCUCUGGCCUCCUCCGUCAGCUGGUUCUGCUGCCCGGAUCGGAUGCUACGCCCUGGCUCUGUCCUUCCUCAGACCCAGCUGUGGCCGAGCUGGCCGUCCCUGCGGUUCUGAAGUCCACCCCCCUCCAGCUGGACUGGCAGGAACCAGUUUACCACUACGAGGCCGAAGCCAGAGUGACGCUGGGAACCCGUCCUCCAUGUUCCUCAGCAGAACUCGGCCAGCUGUGGUUCGACACUCAGGGAAGAGGUCUGUUCAUCUGCGAUGGCCGGACGUGGAGAACGCUGCUGCAGAGUCCAGAGCGUCUGGACUACCUGGAGGACUACCAGGACCUCUACACCCGCUCAGAAACCUUUGACAUUGAGGUCUUCUCCAUCCCAGCUGAAGGCCUGUUCAUGGCUGCAGCCAACAGGGACUCUCGAUCCGGUUCAGGAAUCUACCGAUGGACGGACGGAUCCUUCCAGCUGUACCAGAACAUCAGCACACAGGAAGCCCGGGCCUGGAAGCAUUUCACCAUCGACGAGCAGAUCUUUCUGGUGGUGGCCAACCUGAGGGAGACAGAGCCUGAACUGUCAGUCAUCUAUCGGUGGAACCAACGGCGGCGCCGUUUCAUCCGUUUUCAGUCUCUGGAGACUCACGCUGCUCAGGACUGGGAGGCCUUCAGCAUCCACAACCACAGCUUCCUGGUCGUAGCCAAUCACAGACGAGCCAGAGACUCCAACCACAACAUCCACAGUGUGAUCUACAGGUGGAACCGUGACACACAGCUGUUUGAGGUGAACCAGACCCUGUCCACGUCCGGAGCGUACGACUGGGAGUUCUUCAGCGUCGGACCGUACCACUUCCUGGUGGUGGCCAACACGUUUGACGGCCGGACCACCUCCAUCAGCUCCACCGUGUACGUCUGGUUGGACGGAUGCUUCCAGGUGUUCCAGAACAUCCCGACGGUCGGAGCCACAGACUGGGAGAUGUUCCAGAUUGAUGGCAGGUUCUUCCUGGCCGUGGCCAACAGUCAGAAGGUUUCUGAUCACAGUCCAAGUAUCUACAGCAUCAACUCCACCGUCUACGAGCUCAACACCCUGACCCAGACCUUCAUCCGCUUCCAGGACAUCCUGACACACAGUGCGGUGGACUGGGAGUUCUUCACUGUAGGAGAUGAGAAGUUUCUGGUUGUGGCAAACUCUCAUGAUGGAAACUCGUACUCUCUGAACAGCGUCAUCUACAGGUACCAGGGCUAUGAGGGCUUCGUUCCGGUCCACAGUCUGCCCACCUUCGGGUGCAGAGACUGGGAACACUUCAGGACCGAGCAGGGACGCUUCCUCAUCUACUCCAGCGCCACCUCCAGGCUCAGCAAGGUGUUCAGACUGAAGACCUACUGACAGGACCAGGACCGGGACCAGACCGGGACCAGAACCACAACCAGGACCACAACCAGGACCAGGACCACCACCAGGACCAGAUCCACAACCACAACCAGGACCACAACCACAACCAGGACAAGAACCACUUCCAGGAUGAGGACAAGGACCACAACCAGGACCAGGACCACGACCAGGACCAGGACCACAACCACAACCAGGACCACAACCACAACCAGGACCACAACCACAACCAGGACCAGGACCAGGUCCAGGAACUGGACUUCCAUUGUCCUUAGCUGAGAAACUCUGGAACAUAGAACAACCUGAUGAUUGCAGCAGUUGGUUGAAGGAACCAGGUCGUGUAAAGUUCUGCUGAUGGAUCAGUCAAUUAAGAUUCAUCAGAACCUCCUCAGAACAUCUGGUUCUUCAUCUAGAGUUCUAGGUCCUUGAUGUCCACGGAGGAGAAAGUUCUAGAGCAGACCUACAGACAACUGUCCAGUUGCUCUAGAACUUUCUCCAGCUGUCGGUAGGUCUGCUGUAGAACUUUCUCCAGGUGUCGGUAGGUCUACUCUAGAACUUUCUCCAGCUGUCGGUAGGUCUGCUGUAGAACUUUCUCCAGCUGUCGGUAGGUCUGCUGUAGAACUUUCUCCAGGUGUCGGUAGGACUACUCUAGAACUUUCUCCAGGUGUCGGUAGGUCCACUCUAGAACUUUCUCCAGCUGUCGGUAGGUCUACUCUAGAACUUUCUCCAGGUGUCGGUAGGUCCACUCUAGAACUUUCUCCAGCUGUCGGUAGGUCUGCUGUAGAACUUUCUCCAGCUGUCGGUAGGUCUACUCUAGAACUUUCUCCAGCUGUCGGUAGGUCUGCUGUAGAACUUUCUCCAGGUGUCAGUAGGACUACUCUAGAACUUUCUCCAGUUGUCAGUAGGUCUACUCUAGAACUUUCUCCAGCUGUCGGUAGGUCUACUCUAGAACUUUCUCCAGUUGUCAGUAGGACUACUCUGGAACUUUCUCCAGUUGUCAGUAGGUCUACUCUAGAACUUUCUCCAGCUGUCGGUAGGUCUGCUGUAGAACUUUCUCCAGCUGUCGGUAGGUCUACUCUAGAACUUUCUCCAGCUGUCGGUAGGUCUGCUGUAGAACUUUCUCCAGGUGUCAGUAGGACUACUCUAGAACUUUCUCCAGUUGUCAGUAGGUCUACUCUAGAACUUUCUCCAGCUGUCGGUAGGUCUACUCUAGAACUUUCUCCAGCUGUCGGUAGGUCUACUCUAGAACUUUCUCCAGUUGUCAGUAGGACUACUCUGGAACUUUCUCCAGUUGUCGGUAGGUCUACUCUAGAACUUUUUUUUAUCACUUUUUUAUCAUUUAUCACUUUUUAAUGGACCUUUUCAGAACUUCUUCAGUCCAGCAGAUAGAACCAUGACAUUAAGGAGGAGAAACAUCUGAGUUGUGGUAAAACUGACUCCAGAUCAGUUUAAAUCCAUCCAGGUGAACCUGGUUCCUCCAUAAACCCCUCUGAGCUCCAGUAUUAUUGGAUGUAUCAGAGCAUGAAGGACAGAUUGAUCAACACUAGAACCAUCAUCAUCUUCUGAUUAACUACAGGAUGAUAAAAUGUUUUGAACUUCACUGCAGUGAGGAUUUUACUGAACCUCUGAAAUGUUUUCCUCUUAAUAACCUAAUAAGCUAUUCUGAGAUUUAAUGUUGACUUCAUGGUGCUGCAGCAAAGAAAAGCUUUCUGAAGGAUCUGUAGUAGAACUGGAUCAGAACCGGGUCAUCAUGUGAUCAGAACUGCUGAAAAACAGACCAAUAAAACACAUUCCUAUCAUAAUAAUAAUAAAUAAUAACAUUUUAAAGGAGACAGAGAUCCGUUUAGAACCUGAGACAGAACCACUGAGACGUUCUUCUUGUCUGGUUUGGAUUUAAUAAUUUAAACAGAACUAAUAAAGUUUUAUCAGAAUAAUGUGAUGUUAUCCUCAGGAGAAACAUUAAAACCCAACCCUGUGUUCUCAUCUGUUUUUAUUCUAAACGUUCUAAAGUUCAGCUGGAACCAGACCAGCAGGAAUCUGUUAUUUUAAUGUCUGAAAUUUAGAGAAAUAUAUUUUCCUCUGAUUUACUUUAUUGGUUUUCUUAUUUUUUAUUUUUCUCAAUAUUUGAUAUUUAUUUUGUAUUUGACCUUUGAAACCUGUACUCUCACAGUAAUUUAAUUACUUCUAUGUACUUUUAUACUUCACGAUUCAGUGUAAAUGUCUGUGAUUCGUUCUGUACAGGAAAAACAUGCUCAUUAAAUAAAACCUACUUUAUUCAUUA